ACAGGGAUCUGAGUCCUGGUGCACAUCAAUCGGCGAUGUUGACUCUGUGGCCCCCUUAGGCAUGUGGUCUGGCGCGUAGCCUGAGCGCAUUAAAACCCCGCAGGCCGUCCUUUUGAUGAACAACAAUUGCUGUAGAUCGAAUUUCCCCAUUCUUAGAAUUGAACGUCUCUAUUUCCCCCCUGCUCGGUGAAAUCAUUUUUCUGAUUAGGAUAUAGACUAUUCGGUGAGAACCAUGGUCAAGCGCUUCUUCUUGAGACGUGCUCAAGCCACGGAUGAUGCUCAUUCCAGGCUUCCACCAGAGCGGCAUUCAGACACAAGCGAUGCCGGAACAGACGGGCAGACGGCACCGCCCCCUUACAGAAGCCAGUCGCCAUCGCUGUCAUGGCUACGGCUGAGAUCGCACUCUCGCUCUUCGGUCUCGACACCACGCCCAUUACGUGCCAAGUUUGGGCUGCAUGUCGUGCACCAGCCCAAGGUGGCCGCACCAGUCGAUAUAAUAUUCGUCCACGGUCUCGGGGGCGACCGUGUCUUGACGUGGUGCAAUAACCAUGAUGAGGGGCAGUUCUGGCCGGGGCUAUGGCUUCCACAAGAGCCAGGGAUAUCGAAAAGCCGUAUUCUUUCAUUCGGGUAUGAUGCAGGCUUUGGCAAAGGUGCAGUUGGAAACAUUUACAGGAUCUCCGACUUUACUAAAAGCCUCCUGCAUGAGAUGAGAUCUGCGCAGGACCCUGAUGGAAACCCCUUGGGCAUUGGAAAGGUCCCGAUCAUCUUUAUCGUUCAUUCUAUGGGUGGACUGGUGGCCAAGUCCGCAUUUCUCCUAGGACAAAAUGACGAGAACUAUAAGGAUAUCAUCCGGUCGAUAAGAUGCAUGAUGUUCCUUGCUACACCUCAUAGGGGUGCUGAGCAUACCACUGCACUUAAUAACUUACUGAAGGUAAGCUUCCAAUCGCUGAGGGACUUCAUCGACGAGCUUCAACGAGGCUCGCCAGCGAUUGACUCGAUCAACGACCAAUUUCGUCACGCCGCCUCAAGGCUUAUUGUCGCUUCCUUUUACGAAAGCCGUGUGACCAAGAUUGGAGGCUUGGGCGUCAUGGUGGUCCCCAAAGAAUCUGCUAUACUUGGCUGGCAAUUCGAACAUUUUGUGAAACUGAAAGCCAAACAUCAUGGCGUUUGCAAAUAUGAAAGCCGGGAUGAUGCCAACUAUGUGACCGUACGGAAUACAUUGGCGGCUUUUGUUGCCGACCUCCGGCCAAAAGGUAUGGAGUUCGCUAAUACACUAAUUACAGAGGAGUCCAAGAUGGAAAAGUUCCUAGCAGUUACUCCUACCUUUCAGGAAGAUUUCCUUUAUUUUCAUUCUCGAUGGGCCGGAGAUCAACUAAAAGAGUCGGUCAGCAUCUUCUUACGGACGAUGGCGUUGCAGCUGGUCAUUGAUGUCCCAGCCUUCCGAGCCAGCCUCACAGACCUAGCUGAUUACCGUUUGAAUUUGUCAAUUUCUAGCACUUCAGAUGUUUUCCGGGCACUGUUUGAAGCUACGUGUCCGGGAAUCAGGCUCCCUGGUCCUCUUUUCUGGGUAAUAGACGGCUUGAAUGAAUCCGAGUUCCCUCAAGCUGUACUUCAGUAUAUCUCUCGAUUGAGAGAAUUGAUGCCUAUGAUCAGGAUAUUUGUGACUAGCAGAGGGCCUGACAAUUUCAUUGCUGAUGGUAACAAAGCAUCUGAAGUGUUGGGAACAUUAUGCACGCAUGGUACAGCGACCCCUACUCAACGUGAUAUUCGAUACUACGUGGAACGGACGAUUGAAAAAAUGGACGGCACGCCUACAAUGAAGGAACGAAUUCUGUUAGAGAUCCUCAAUCAGGCCCAUGAAAGCUUUCUCUGGGUGCAUUUGGUCCUCGACGAAAUUCAGGCAUGCCACACCGAGGAAGCGAUCCUUGAAAAGGUGCAACAACUCCCCCAAAAAAUGAAUCAGCUAUAUGAGCGGUUGGAGGAUGCAAUAUUGGCCUCUCCUCGCCUUGAAGAUAGGCAUCUUGCACGAACGUUUCUGCAGUGGACAGUCUGUGCACAACAAACUAUGACCCUGGACGAAAUGGAUCAAGCGUUGAAGUUGAAAGUCGUGGAUAUACGCAAGGCUAUCCUGCGUGUACGUGGACAGUUCAUUACGGUUGAUCCAUCUGGAGGCGUGAGGUUGAUCCAUCAAACCGCCCGGGAAUACCUUAUGCACUCCAAGAGCGAGAUUGCGGUUGAUUUGAAGAAGAGCCACAGUAUGCUUUUGGAAACUAGUAUAACAGCCCUGUGUGCGCCCGGCCUUCAGUCCAAAGUAAGCAAAGAAGAAAAUGCGCUGCGACGAUCCGAGCCUUUCCUUGUGUAUGCGGCUACUUCGUGGACUUUUCACCUUCAGAAUUCCGAAUGGAUGAGUGAUGAAACGCUAGAUCUUCUCUGCACCUUCUUCAAAAGCCGAUCGGUUCUUGUUUGGAUCCAUAUUCUCGGUCUCGUGGAUCGUCAGGAUAUAUUGGUUAAAGCGGCCGGUGUGCUGUCGCGUUACGUCAAAACUUGUCGACGCCUUAGCACAUCAGAAAACCCAAUACUAUUACACAAACUUGCCGACGUGAACUAUCUUGAUAAAUGGGGCGUGGACUUAGCUAAGGUUAUAGGCAAGUUUGGCAGGCAUUUGUCAUCACACCCAACAUCUAUAUAUAACCUUGUCCCACCAUUCUGUCCCUCUGACUCCAUUAUCCAUCAGCAGUUCUACAAGGAAGAGUCAGCCGAUGUGAUUGUCCAAGGGGCCUCACAAAAAGAAUGGAGCGAUAAUCUGGUCCAGAUACCGUUGCCACAAGACGAGAGAGGUAUAAAAUUAUCAUGCUCUACUCGAUACAUUGCCGUAUUAUCUAUCUCAGGGACGACUUUCGUGUGGGAUAAUAUUUCAUUCAGGCUCGUUUGCACUUUGCGACAUCAAGAAGCUGUGACGGCAAUGUCCUUCAAUCGACGGGGAGAGAAGAUCAUAACCUUCGGACUACAGACUACCAAGCUGUGGUCAAUUCCAACUGGAGAUGUGUGGGUCACCAUCAUCAAUCCUGUGGACAGCAGAGCACUGGCAAUCGCUUUUGGGGAAGCGGAUGAUAGGGUUUUUGUAGCCUGCACCAAUCGCCAGAUACACUGUCUCAACCUUACAGAUCCCACUACUGGAUGGAACCUUCUCAGUCACGAAUUGCUCCGCGAGACGCCCGAAAUUGAUGGCACUGUUGUGAACUCCCCGGUGUGCGUCGCAUUCAAUGGAAAUGCAACCCAGGUUGGAGUGUCAUAUCGUGGGUUCCCACUCUCGGUCUGGGACUUGGGCGAAAUGAAAUGCAUCAAGCGAUGUAAGCGGCCCACGGGCGCCCAACCGGACGCCCUCCGCCGGCCGAUUGGUUGGUUUGCCGUGGAUAGACUUACCUGGAACCCUAAUACAGGCCAUAUCGUCGGCCUGUACAAAGAUGGCACAGUUUUCAAGUGGCAUCCGCUGACAAAUGAGUAUCAGGAAGCCGCGUGUAUAGCAGAUGAAGUUGCUGUAAGCCUGGAUGGACGCUUUUUCCUCACGAGCAGCAGCAACGGGGCCGUGAGAGUGUGGAACUUUGCCUUACUCAACGUAAUAUUUCAGCUUUCGUUGGGUGACCUGGUUAGCGAACUGGCCUUUAGCUCAGAUAACAGCACGUUCUACGACAUUCGGUGGUCAUCGCUGAAUGUCUGGCAGCCUAACAGCAUGCUGCGCCUUUUGGAGGAAGAUGAGUCAUUCAGCAAUACAUCCGGCGAAUACCAUCAACAUGUGUCCACGUGUCAUGUAUCUGAAACAUGUUCUGUCCCUUAUGCAGCGGUGUCUGUGGUUGAGACCGCAGCAGGGGCCAGUACCUCAUUCUGCUUUGGGAACGAUGAAGGGGUUGUCUCUCUGUUCGACGCUUACUCGGGUAAGCUGGCUGAGAUUAUUCGCUUUCCGAAUUCUACCAGCGUGAGCUGCCUAGGAUGGAGCAACAGCUCCACGCAUCUGGCAUGCGCCGACCUAACCGGAGAGGUUGCGGUACAUUACAUUGCUGGGACUUGUCCCACAGUUCAAGUUCACUCCCGACCAAUGCCACAAAUUACCAAAGAAACCAGCAGCAUCCAUGACUUGAUUUUCAACCAGGAUUGCUCUCUCUUACUGGUUAUCUCGGGGCUGACUGGCUAUAUUUGCUCCGUUGAGGACGGCACUGUUAUCAGUACUCGAACUCUAGCUCGGGAUGGCUAUCGAAAGUGGAUCGGCCAUGCUGCAGAGCCAGCAAUCCUCCUUGCGAUUGGACCUGAUGAGACCACCGCUUAUCUGUGGGCAGACUUUUCCAUGGUCACUAAUUGGCCAUACAACUAUGAGGCUAAACCGUCGGAACCCAUAGCUGAGCAGCGACAGAUCUGGGCGUCGCCUGUCAUGGGCUGUGCGAUGAUUGCUCAGGAUCGCCGACAUGCUCUUGUGCAUCGGCCAGAGUGUGAUAUCAUCGUCGACCUGGCAACUCUGGAACUAGUGAACGGGCAUCCUACGCGCUCGUACCUACUCGCCCAUCGCGUACCUUUUGAGAUCUCCAGUCAGAUCUACAUCCCCCUGGGGAUACUUCCGGGGUUGCGAUUAGUCUUUUUUGAUGAAGACUUAUGGAUUUGCACCUAUUCGCUGCUGACCCCGCCUCGGGGAGGAACCCUUGAGCGCCAAUUCUUCGUCCCCCGCGACUGGGCCAACACGGUGACUCUAAAGCAGUGUCGGAUCCUCCAGGACGGCACUCUUCUCUGUCCCCGAGAAGGUGGAGUUGCCGUGAUUAUGACGGGAUUGCUUUCGGGAUUUUAG